GUACUGCAAAUGCUCACAUCAGCCCCACUGUAACCACUAAAACUCCAAUACAGUUCACACAAGAAGAAUAUUCAGCACACGAUAAUACUCAUCAAUCUUUCAACCCGUCCAUCCCCAAAAAACAUAAAAACCAAAUCAAUAAAUAAAAAUAAUACAUCGCACUGAGUGACCGCAACCCCGGGGGUCCGUGAAAUCCACUCUCUAAUAAAUUGAUAUCGAGUAAAACUAUUUGUCCACCGGACACUGAGUAAACGCCCCAAAUAAUUCCCAAUUGGAAAUUUUAAAUAAAUAUCAAACUUCAUCCACAUUCCUAUUUUUAUAUUUCCCAGCUAUUGAAACGCGAAUAAAUCAUACCGUACUCAAUCAAACGUAAAUAACGCAAGAUAUGCACGACGGGGGGAGUAUAAAAUUCAUGGUCCAUGAAAUGUGAAUAUUGUUGAAUUUCACGGUAAAUGAAAUUCAAAAAAAAUAUAGAGUUAAAUGAAAUAAAAAAAAAAAACUCCAGCCGAGUCCACGCAAACAGUGGUUUCACGGGGUAUUUAAAGUAGUUAUUGAUUGCCAUAACUUCUCACAAACUUCCAAGUGUCAUUUCACAUGGAACAAUGGAUAGUUAUGAUACUCCCAGACAUCAACUUGAAUUCAGAAAUUCGAUAUCUGUUUGUAAUGAAAAGACAAUGAGCAAUUCUUAGCGUUCAACUUCUGUCAGACGUCAUUUGCCACUGGUGGAUGACACCAAGUCGAACUAAUUUCCAAACUUCUCCGAACGUAAAACUCAAGAAGAUAAUAAUAAUAAUAAUAAUACCGAGGUGUAUGAGAGAAUAAGGGCCUUUUAAAAUGGAUAAAUUGAUUUUUUGGUUUAUUCUGGUGAGCAUUGGCAUGAGAGGUGCAUCGGGGGAUAUAAAAGAGGAUGAAGGUGGUGAGUGCAGCUGUGGAGUUUUUCCAAGCGAUUCUGCUGAUCCAAUACUGGAACAAACAUUCCAAUUUAAAGUACCAUGCAGCGCGGAUGGGGCCAACAAAUGCCAACAAAUUUGCACAGUCCUGGCACAAGCUGCACAGUACAAGGCGCCAGAUAUGAUUUGCGACAAGUUGAAAAUUCACGUGGAAAAAUUACGUGUCAGUCUGAGCAUGAAAAUUUGCAAUCAUCCCUGGAAGCAAAUCGACCUCAAUAUUCCCACCGUCUGCUGUCACAAUGGGAAAUCAAUAGCCUGCAAUUUCUAGGAAUAAAAUAUUCAAUCAACUUUGUUAUAAAACAAUUUAAUUCAACCAACUUAUGCAGAUUCAAUAUCAUUAAUAUUCACAAUACGUUUGAUGUAGCAAUAACUCUGACGAAAAGAAAAAUAAAAGUGUAAUGUAAAAAAGAACGGGGUCACAAAGGAGGUUUGAAACACAGUUUAUGCAGAUUGAUUUA